GAAAGAACGAAGUAAGGGACAUUAUGUUUUAGAAAAUAAGGCACUCACUGAUAAAUGUCAGUAUGGAGAGACUGAAAAAAAAAGUAUGUAUAUCAACAACUGUAAUUUUGUGGUGUCUGUGAGGCAGUGAGUGUGAGGCAGUGAAUGAGAGCCUGUAAAUAUGAGACAGUAAGUGUGAGACAGUAAAUGUGAGACAGUAAGUGUGAGACAGUAAAUAUGAGACAGUAAGUGUGAGACAGUAAACGUGAGACAGUAAGUUUGAGACAGUAAAUAUGAGGCUGUAAAGGUGAGACAGUAAGUGUGAGGCUGAAUAUGAGGCAGUUAGUGUGAGACUGUAAGUGAGAGACAGUAAAUAUGAGGCAGUAAAUGUGAGACAGUAAAUAUGAAAGUAAAUAUGAGGCAGUAAAUGUGAGACAGUAAAUAUGAAAGUAAAUGUGAGACAGUAAAUAUGAAAGUAAAUAUGAGGCAGUAAAUGUGAGACAGUAAAUAUGAAAGUAAAUGUGAGGCAGUAAAUAUGAGACAGUGAAUAUGAAUGUAAAUGUGAGACAGUAAAUAUGAAAGUAAAUAUGAGGCAGUAAAUGUGAGACAGUAAAUAUGAAAGUAAAUGUGAGGCAGUAAAUAUGGAAGAAGAUGUGAGGCAGUAAAUAUGAGGCAGUGAAUGUGAGGCAGUAAAUAUGGAAGAAAAUGUGAGGCAGUAAAUAUGAGGCAGUGAAUGUGAGGCAGUGAAUAUCAGGCAGUAAGUGUGAGUGGCCGGUAUGAGCCAGGGGCGCUGAUGAGUCGCGCUUGUUACUGCACCUCCUUCUAAUAAACAAGCGAAGAAGAAACCAGGAAGUAGGACAGUUAUGUACUAGCGCACUACUAUACUUAAGAGUAUUCUAAACUAACCCGCUACGCAGCUAUUGCUACAUACUCCUUAGUACUCUAGGACUGUUUGGACUUAUUUAUUUAACCAGUUUCUUGCGCGAAACUUUUCCUGCCAGUUAUUAACUAAAGUUAUUGACUCACUGGUAAAUAAUAUGUACUUUUACUUACUUUCCAUGUAGCGUUAUAAAGAACUAAAAUGGGUCCUGCUAAAUACAGCAUUAUGGCUAAACAUGUCUUCACAAUGGGAAGAUUUGCAUGGAGAAGAUGUUCAUCCUGGACAGAUCCAUUAAUUCGGUUUAAAUCAAACCUGUGUCUUCACACACCACAGAUAUGUACUUAUAAAAAUAUCAAGUGUCUGCAGUGGUAUUUCCCCAGCAGGACUUUCUCAGGAACUGUCUGUAAACAGAAGAGUAAAAGCCACAACCCUGGUCAUGAUGAUGAUGAUGAUGAUGAUGAUGAUGGUCAUGAAUUACACAGUGGUGAAGAUGAGGAGGAUUUUAUUGAGGAUGAAGAAGUGGAGGAGCUUUUUCAGCAGCAGAGACCUGCAGGAAUUGGAGAAGAAGACCACCGGGUGUUCAUUGUUCAUCCUGAUGUGAAAUGGGGACAUAAAAAGCAAUACCUCACCACAGCCGAUCUGCAGAUGGCCGAGGCUGUUGGUCUGGUCAACACCUUACAGAACUGGACAGUCGUGGAUAAGAUCAUCCUCUCCACCAAAACACCGGACAAGAAACGAAUCUUCGGGAAAGGGAAUUUCCAGAUGCUCACAGAGAAAAUCGGAAGAACCGCCGGCGUUUCGGCCGUGUUUAUGAACGUCGAGCGUCUGUCGCCGGUAUCGGAGAGAGAGCUGCAGGAGGCCUGGGGGGUGAAGGUGUUCGACAGGUACUCACUGGUUCUGCAUAUUUUCCGCCGUAAUGCCAGAACCAAGGAGGCCAAACUGCAGAUCUCGCUGGCGGAGAUUCCACUGCUCAGGUCACGACUGAAAAACGAAGUUGCGAACUUGGAUCAGCAAGGUGGAGGUUCGAGGUACAUCAUGGGCUCGGGUGAAACCCUGUAUGAGGUGCAGCAGAGGCUGCUGAAGGAGCGAGAGCUGAAGAUUCGCGCCGCACUCGAGAGGCUGAGGAAGAAGAGACACAUGCUCCGAUCGCAGCGCAAACACAAAGACUUCCCCAUCGUCUCGGUCAUGGGCUACACCAACUGUGGUAAGACCACACUAAUCAAAGCCCUGACAGGUGACGUUGCUCUCCAGCCGAAAGAUCAGCUCUUUGCCACUCUGGACGUGACGGUACACGCCGGCCGGCUGCCCGGUCACAUGACCGCGCUGUACGUGGACACCAUCGGCUUCCUGUCUCAGCUGCCUCACCAACUUAUCGACUCGUUUUCAGCCACGCUGGAGGAUGUAGCACACUCUGAUCUCAUCGUUCACGUGAGGGACAUCAGUCAUCCAGAGACGGUGAAUCAAAAAGUCAACGUGCUUAACGUUUUGAAGAAUCUUCAGAUCCCAGAAAGGCUCGUGAACUCCAUCAUAGAGGUGCACAACAAGAUCGACCUCGUCGAAGGCUACGAGUCAGCCGAUCCCGAGGCCGUGCCGAUAUCGGCGCUCAACGAGCUGGGGCUGGACAAGUUGAAGCAGAGAGUGGAAGAAUCCGUCAUGAAGUCGACCGGGAAACAAACCGUGAUUCUGAAAGUGGACCUCAACAGCCCUCAGUUAGGCUGGCUGUAUAAGGAAGCCACCGUUCAGGAAGUGCACGACGGAGAUGACGACUGUACCGCCAACGUCAAGGUCGUGAUCAGCGCCGAGGCGUACGGACGCUACAGGAAGCUGUUCCAGGUCGCGUAGCGCCGCGCACCUGAGGCGUGUCUCUGUCCUCUUUCUGACGCUGGUUAUUCACUCUGAACAUAGCUGGGUAAAUAUUUAUUCAGGAAAGCAGUUCAGAUAUCACACAACAGUGUUAAAUGUAUUGUAUAAAAAAUAUAUAUAUUUUAAAGUGAAUAAAAACUGUACAGAAGUAACCAAGUCUCCGUUUCUGUCCCUGUCCCGUCUUAAAGUUUAAUAAGAAAUCUGUUUAAUAAAAGGUCCGACGGAUGUACCUCCAGUUCUCUGAUCCACGGGCGCGGUUCCAGGUGUGUUUAAAAAAAACAGUGGAGUGAAAAGAACAGUUCAGACGUCCAGCUUUAAGGGCCUCUGUGUUUUAUUCAGAGCAAUAAUAAUGGAGCACAGUGGAAUCGACCCUAUAAAAUCUCCUGCGAUGAUGUUGAGGCUCGUCGGGUCAGCUCCGGGUUUCUGAUCCUCCACCCAUCUCCUCACGCACUCCCACUGGUCCAUGGUUAAGGUCUGCAGGGAGAGGUGCGGGUUGGAGGCGAUGAAGCAUCGGUCUGCGGUUAAGUUCAGACCUGCGACAAAGAAGCCUUCUGUACAGACAACAAGCAGAGAAGACGGAAAUUUAGACGCUGAUUUAAUUCAACACUUCUUUUUUUUUUUUUUUUUUUUU